UAUCGUCGGCCAUUUGGUGCCUCGUCCACGCACUCCUGGAUGAAGGGACUCAUUGUAACCGAAACAAAAUGGUAAAUACGGUAGACAUUCGGCAGCGCUUCCAUGGUCACCAAAGGGCAGGAAUUGGGGGUGGCAGCAGGAUGGUAAGACAACAGCUGUGGUUAGACUGCAGAUGGGGUGACAAGGAUUAUUAUGGAUCUGCUCAGGAAAGCCCACUGAAAAAUCCUGAGCAUCAUGUUGAAUCUCACUGAGUCUCUGUCUUGUUUUCUCUCCAUGUCGAGUCAUAUCCUGGAGUUUCUUCACCAGGAUCAACCUUGUGUGGUGGAGUUUCCGCAAGCUGAGAAAAGAAUCCAAGAAAUCUGCCAGAGGCGUUUUUCCUGCUGCAAACCUCUGAAACAGCAGCUGUUAAAGCAGCUCGCGCAGCUCUCUAGUCCUAAAAACUCCAAACUGAAACAACUGCACCGACAGAGACAUGGUGACCCCUCCGCUCUGGCUGUUCUCUGCUUCGUCAAAGUUUGGUACCUGAUGCAUUCCGCUGAGGCGCAAGGUGAGCUGCUGAUGCUGCGUUCAAGGACAACUGGAAAACUUCUACAAUGAGAGUUCAUAAUGUAUGACAUUAAGUAGUGACAUCUGUUUGGUUUCAUAUUCUCAGUGUGUUUCCAUAAUAUGACACCUUGCGUAAUCCAUACUUGGCCAUAGGCUAUGACUGUCAGUUGGUCUUAUGUUGUUGAAUUUUUCCUUCAACAAAGUAAGUGUAAUCAGGUGUGCUUGUUUAUGUAUUUUAUUAUACUAUGUGCUUUAUAGGCUAUACAUGAUCAGUAUUCCAAGAUAAUUUAAACCCCUAAAUUAUACAUUAAAACAGAAGGUUGUGAUUUAAUAGAAAUAAUAAAUAUGAUAUAAUUUCCUCUUAAAUGGAUCAAUGAACACCAAUAUAUCAAUACACUGGGUCUUUUAUAUUUAGUUACUGUUCCUGCAGGUUAAUUGUAAGUGUCAGUCAUAGUUAAGGUCACAGCUAGGCUUUGCUUUACACUUUUAAGUCGGUUCAUUUGUAAGAUUUAAAAACCAUAUCCCCUCCUUGCUAUUAUCUAGAGACAGCUUGAUGCCAGAGUUAAUCCUGUUUAAGAACAUAUGGAAAGCUUUUGGCUCUGACCGGGACCAAAACAAACAAACAUCACCAAUGUAAUGUCCCCACCAGAUAAUGUGCUUAAAAAAACUAUUUCUAUAAUGGUUUAGGGCGAAGUCCUCCUCUGAUAUGCUCUGUUCUAUGUGGAGUGGAGUGGAGCCUAGUGGAGUCAACACAGCCUACUAUGCUGGUGACGACUGCUGGCCUCCCUCAGAAUAACUCUGCCUCGGCUAUAUGUGGCCUCAGUUAAUCCUUAAGACGAGCGCUGCCGGGCUCCCUCCUCCCUGCUUAUCAGUGAAAGUCCUGCACUGAGACAUAAAGGAGUUUCCCCUCCUAAGAGCAGCAGGACAACAUGCAGAUUACCCACAAUUGCCCUCAACACAGGACACCUCCGCUGUUGCAGUGAUGCAUCCUCUGGUUCUUCUACUUGGGACGUUCAGCAGUGAGUGAACAAGGACAAACCACCAUGAGUGCAGACACUGUCUGCAGGGCAGAGCUGGACUCUGAGUACCACGGUGAACUGGCCGACUUGGUGGCAGCUAUGAAUGUGACCGCCAACCGCAUGACCCCGCCUAACGGCUACAGGUCUCACAGAGCUCGGAUCUCAGACAGAAAGAUGUCUCUGCAGGAGAGAGGGAGCCGCAUGGCCCGACAGCCCACCAUUGAGACCAAACGUGUGUCCAUCACAGAUGCUGAUGACUGUGUCCACCUCAACCAGUAUAAGCUGAAGAAAGAGAUUGGAAAGGGUUCAUAUGGAGUGGUGAAGUUAGCUUAUGAUGAAGAUUCUGAACAGUACUAUGCCAUGAAAGUUGUUUCAAAGAAGAAGCUGAUGAGGCAGUGUGGAUUUUUGCGCCGCCCACCUCCCCAGGGUUCAAACUCGCAGCAGGAUCCAUUCCCUAAAGCCACGUUGCCUCUGGAGAGAGUGUACAAAGAGAUCGCCAUCCUGAAGAAACUGGACCAUCAUAAUGUUGUGAAACUGGUGGAGGUGCUUGAUGAUCCUGAUGAAGAUGGACUUCAUAUGGCCUUCGAACUGAUGACAAAGGGCCCAGUGAUGGAGGUGCCUACAGAUGACCCUUUCACAGAGGAACAGGCUCACUUUUACUUCAGAGACGUUGUCUUGGGAAUAGAGUACUUGCACUACCACAAGAUCAUCCACAGAGACAUUAAACCCUCCAACCUGCUGCUGGGGGAUGACGGUCAUGUCAAGAUCGCUGACUUUGGUGUGAGCAAUGAGUUUGAGGGGACAGACGCCCUUCUGUCCAGCACGGCGGGGACACCGGCCUUCAUGGCCCCCGAGACAAUGACCGAACACGAGCAGAGGUUCAGCGGAAAGGCAUUAGACGUGUGGGCGAUGGGAGUCACACUGUACUGUUUUGUCUUUGGAAAGUGUCCUUUUUAUGAUGAAUACAUUAUCUCUCUGCACAACAAAAUCAAGAACAAACCUGUGGAGUUUCCAGAGACGCCACUGAUUAGUAAUGAGUUGAAGGAGCUCAUUGGACGGAUGCUGGAUAAAAACCCUGAAACAAGAAUCACCAUCCCUGAGAUUAAACAACAUCCGUGGGUGACAGAGAAUGGCUCGAAUCCUCUCCCUCUAGAGGAGGAGCACUGCACUGCAUUGGAGGUCACUGAGGAGGAGGUGCAGAACAGUGUCAAACUCAUUCCCAGCCUUUCCACUGUGAUUCUAGUGAAGUCCAUGCUGAGGAAGCGGUCUUUCAGUAAUCCCUUUGAGUGUCAGGUCAGACGGGCAGAGAGGUCCAUGUCUGCCCCUGGAGGUCUUCUUACUGGUGCUUGGGGCUUAUUGGGGUCUUCGCCUCAUCUUCAUCCUUCCUUGAGGAAAGUCAGCAUGGAGGGGAGCAGAGAAGGAGAGUUGGAGGACUUGUAUGAAGUUGACACAUUUACAGAGUGUACAGAUUAAAUUCACACAUGCACUGACACAGAUUAAAAUUCUCUCCUAAUAUCUGUAAUAUCUGCUUUUGCAUCAUGCUUGCUGUGCAUACAUGCUUGCAAUACUAUCUCACAUUAGUGCAAAAAAAAAAAACAGUUCAGUGAUAUAUUGAAUAUUAAAGAUAUGUAUAGUGCAUCACAUAAAAUGAUAGCAAGCAAGAUUAGAUUUUAUUCUGUCCACUCUGCUCACUUACUGUUCUGUUAUGGCACGUCUGAUGGCAUAUGUUGUUCAUGAAUGUGAUAUGAUACUUACAUUGAAUUGUUCUUAAAAAUGUAAAUAUGCUCUAUAAAGAGGAUAUUUUUCCAUUUUCCUACAGCGACUGAAUAUAAUAAAAGAUCAAAUUUUAAACAGACAGCUUUGAAUGAUUGCAGUAAAAGCUGGUUUUGCGUAAAUGCAAUUUCCAUUACAUGCAGCACCAUAGCAGCUUUGCUCAAACACUGGAUGGCAGCCUUGUUUCCUCUUUGAUCUGUCCUUAGAUUGCCUCAUUAUUACCCAAUCAGCAGUCUUUCUGUUGUUUUCCACGACAUGUUAUUGCAUUUUAGCAUUUUGAUUUCUCUUGAAAAUGCUGUCUUAGUCCAUGUAUACAUACACACUCCAACCAUGCAUAAGUCUCAAAAACUGUAGCCUGAUUUUAUUUUUGAAGGCUGCUUUUUAAAGCAAUGUCAAUAUCAAAUGCACUUCAUUCUGUAGUCCAGUAGAGGGCAGCAUUGUGUUGCAAGUAAUGAGAUCAGCCACACACCAGGAGGCCUUGAAUCUGAGAACAUGUUAGCUUGAGUAACCUACACUUUUCUGACAAAUCUCCUCUCUACAACUUUGAAAAUACGUUAUACGAUAAUAAAAUG